CCCCCUUUUUCUAUCAGCACAUCAAUCCACGUCGACGUCAUCGCGGCCCGAUACACUCCGAGCCUCAGAUCCGCCGCGCCCAUGGCGUCGCGCAGGCGAAUGAUCCUCAAGGUCAUCAUCCUCGGCGACAGCGGGGUCGGGAAGACGUCGCUGAUGAACCAGUACGUCAACAGCAAGUUCAGCAAUCAGUACAAGGCGACGAUCGGCGCGGAUUUCCUCACCAAGGAGGUCCAGAUCGACGACCGUCUCUUCACAUUGCAGAUAUGGGAUACGGCAGGGCAGGAACGAUUUCAGAGCCUUGGUGUGGCAUUUUAUCGGGGAGCUGACUGCUGUGUUCUUGUAUACGAUGUCAAUGUUACUAAGUCAUUUGAAAAGCUCAACAACUGGCGUGAGGAAUUCCUGAUUCAAGCUAGCCCAUCUGAUCCAGAGAAUUUCCCAUUUGUUGUACUUGGGAACAAGAUUGAUGUUGAUGGUGGUAAUAGCCGGACUGUUUCUGAGAAGAAGGCUAAAGCAUGGUGUGCUUCAAAGGGAAACAUCCCCUAUUUUGAGACGUCUGCUAAAGAAGGCUUCAAUGUGGAAGCUGCCUUUGAGUGUAUAGCGAGGAAUGCUGUCAAGAAUGAGCCAGAAGAAGAUAUGUAUCUUCCUGAUACAAUUGAUGUUGCGGGUGCUGGAAGGCAACAACGUUCGUCAGGCUGUGAAUGCUAGAAGAUAUGCUCGGUUGGUUGGUUCUAUAGGGUCUGUUGUUGGUUGCCGUCGUCUUUCCCUAUAUCUAGUUUGCAAAGCUGGUAUAUUGUGCCAUAGUCUACGUAUGUAGAUGCAGAGAAUUCAUAGUCUGCUUAUUGUUUACUACCCUAUGUAGAUGCAGAGAAUUCAUUUGUAACUGCUGUUUCCUUGAUUGGCGCUAGAUGAUAGAGUUGGAAUACAUUCUGGUCUUGUAAUGCUUCUGAUUGUUGAGGUGCAUAUAUCCAAGGACUAAAGGUUUCGUCAGUGUUGUAAAUGCACAGAACAUAUUGUAAUCUGUCUGGUUUCUCUACUCUGCCCAUUUUGACGGUAGAGCCAGACCUGUAUCUCCAGAUGGAUGUUUUCUA